AAAUAAUAUUAUUAGAUCAGAAAAACUUGUAUCAUAUUCAGCCAAAAUCAUCGUAUAAAGUUUUAUGAUCUAAAUAACCCACUUCAGGAAACCUAUCAGGAUUUAGGGAAAGAUGAUGGUUGAAGAUCUUGGAAUUGAAGCAAAGGAAUCUGCAGUUCGUGAGGUUGCAAAACUGUUGCCACUUCCUGAGCUUUUAUUGUCCAUUUCUUCAAUUAAAGCCGAUUAUAUUGCCCGGCAACAGGCUAAUGAUGCACAACUUAGUACUAUGGUUGCUGAACAGGUUGAACAGGCACAAUCUGGUCUAAAAGCUCUUGCUUCAUCCGAGAAGACUGUAAACCACCUCCGUGAUAACUUUGUUAAUAUUGAGAGGUUAUGUCUAGAAUGCCAAACGUUAAUUGAGAACCAUGACCAGAUUAAGCUACUUAGCAACGCACGAAAUAACUUAAACACGACAUUGAAGGAUGUGGAGGGGAUGAUGUCAAUUUCUGUGGAAGCUGCCGCGGCCCAUGAAUCUUUAAGUGACGAUAAGGAGCUCAUUAACACGUAUGAGAGAUUAACAGCCCUCGAUGGAAAGAGGAGGUUUGCAUUAGCUACAGCAGGAUCUCAUAAAGAUGAGGUUGGCAGACUAAGGGAAUAUUUUGAAGAAGUAGAUCGGACUUGGGAGACAUUUGAGCAAACCCUAUGGUCACAUAUUUCAAACUUUUUUGAACUUUCUAAAGAAAGCCCACAAACACUUGUACGUGCUUUGAGGGUUGUCGAAAUGCAAGAGAUUCUUGAUGAGCAAGUUGCAGAAGAAGCAGCUGAGGCCGAAGGAGGUGGUGCAAUGGCGUCGGUAGCAAAUCCCCGUAGAGCUGGCAAAAAAUCUACUACUGCAAUCGCUUCAUCCAAAAACCUUGCAGCACAAAAGGCGAAACAGGGAAAAGGCUACAAGGAUAAAUGUUAUGAAAAUAUUACAAAAGCUGUUGAAAAAAGAUUCAGCAAACUUCUAUCAGAACUUGUGUUUGAAAACUUGAAAGGUGCCAUAGAGGAGGCGAAAAAGAUUGGGGAAGAGCUUGGGGAUAUAUACGAUCAUGUGGCUCCAUGUUUUCCUCCAAGAUAUGAAAUAUUCCAACUCAUGGUGAAUCUGUACACAGAGAGGUUCAUUCAGUGGUUAAGACUGUUGAGUGAUCGUGCAAAUGAUAUUACAAAUAUUGAAAUCUUAAAGGUCACUGGGUGGGUAGUUGAGUACCAAGAUAAUCUGAUUGCACUUGGAGUUGAUGAGGCUCUGGCUCAAGUAUGUUCAGAGAGUGGUGCAAUGGAUCCACUGAUGGAUUCAUAUGUUGAGAGAAUGCAAGCAACAACAAGGAAAUGGUAUUUGAAUAUCCUUGAGGCUGAUAAAGUACAGCCACCAAAAUCAACAGAUGAGGGAAAGCUGUACACUCCAGCCGCUGUUGACUUAUUCAGAAUUCUUGGAGAACAAGUGCAAAUCGUUAGAGAAAAUAGCACUGAAAUCAUGCUGUACAGAAUUGCUUUGUCCAUAAUUCAGGUAAUGUUUGAUUUCCAAGCGGCCCAGAAAAAGAGACUUGAAGAACCUGCUUCCGAAAUUGGUUUAGAACCAAUAUGUGCCAUGAUUAACAACAAUCUGCGAUGCUAUGAUCUUGCUAUGGAGCUAGCUUCUAGCACUCUUGAAGCCCUUACAGAAAAUUACGCUGAGCAGGUAAAUUUUGAAGACACCUGCAAAGGCUUCCUGGAAGUUGCAAAGGAAGCUGUACAUCAAACCGUCAAUGUCAUAUUUGAUGAUCCAGGAGUGCAGGAACUACUGGUAAAACUUUACAAUAAAGAAUGGAGUGAAGGACAAGUUACUGAAUACCUAGUUGCAACUUUUGGUGAUUACUUCACAGAUGUGAAGAUGUAUAUCGAAGAAAGAUCAUUCAGACGAUUUGUUGAGUCUUGCUUGGAGCAAACAGUCAUUGUUUAUGUGGAUCAUCUUAUGUCUCAGAAAACUUACAUCAAAGAGGAAACUAUUGAACGAAUGAGACUCGAUGAAGAGGUUCUAAUGGAUUUCUUCAGGGAAUACAUAAGUGUAAAUAAAGUUGAGAACAGACUCAGGAUACUAAUUGAUUUAAGAGAGCUUGCUUCAGCCGAGAGCCCGGAUACUUUCACACUUGUUUACACACAUAUACUUGAACAUCAACCUGAUUGCCCUCCUGAUGUUGUUGAGAGAAUUGUUGGACUGCGAGAAGGAAUACCGCGAAAGGAUGCAAAGGAGGUUGUACAAGAAUGCAAGGAAAUAUUUGAAAAUUCACUCAUUGAUGGAAAUCCUCCAAGGGCAGGUUUUGUCUUCUCCAAAUUGAAGUCAUUGAACACAUCAAAGAUCACUAAUAUCUGGCGAAAAUUGCAUUAGUUCACUUAGAUUGGUGUCGCAUGAUAUUUCGUUUCCCAAAUAUCGGCGUCAUGUAUGUAUUUAUUGUCUUAUGUUUUAUUUUAAUUUUUUUUUCCGGUCACAUUUCAUUUAUCUGAAAAACCAUCAUUGGCGGUAUGUCAUGUUUUUAUUAGUCAAGUAUAGAUAACACAAUAUAGAAUCUACAUUAACAGAAUUUUGCAGCACAUAAAUUGAGUAUCCAUGAUUUGAUUA